AUGUCGAUGGACGAGCCUGAGGAUCUGGAGAUGGAAGGAGAGGAGGGGAUAGACUCCAAGGAGCUGAAGAAGCAGCUGGCCGAGUCCAAGGCAGUGAAAGUACUGAUGCUGGGUGCUGAGGAGUCAGGGAAAAGCACCAUUGUAAAACAAAUGAAAAUCCUCCACCUGGGUGGUUUUAAUAAGGAGGAGAAGGUGACGUCCAGAGGGGUGAUCUUUGGUAACGUCCUGCAGUCAGCUCUGUCCAUCGUCAGAGGCAUGAGCAUCCUGGGGAUCAAGUACGGAUCACCGGCCGCGGAGGAUGAAGGCACGAAGCUGGAGAACCUAUCCAACUCUACUGAGGAGGGAACCAUGUCUCCUGAGCUGGCUGAGUGCAUCAAGAAGCUGUGGAUGGACCCUGGCAUCCAGGAGUGUUUCGAGUCAGCAGCUGAGGGCUAUCAUCUCCUCGACUCCGCUCACUACUUCCUCAGUGACCUGGAGCGCAUCACCCAUGCUGACUUCACCCCUAACGACCAGGACAUCCUUCGGUGCAGGAUCAAGACCGGCGGGGUCAAUGAGGAGAGGUUCAUCUGUAAAGAUGUCAAAUUCAGGAUGUUUGAUAUGAGCGGCAGAAGGGAAGAGAGGAAGAAGUGGAUCCACUGUUUCCAGGGCGUCCAUUGCAUCCUGUUCUGUAGUUCCCUCAGCGCGUAUGACCUGGUGCUGCUGGAGGACGAGGAAAUGAACCGCAUGCACGAGUCUCUCCACCUGUUCAACAGUAUCUGCAACCACAGGUUCUUCGAGGACACCACCCACGUGCUCUUCCUCAACAAGAAGGACAUCUUCCAAGAGAAGAUCAAGAAUGUCCACCUCAAUGUCUGCUUCCCCGACUACGAUGGGCCUAACACAUACGAAGAAGCCAGCAACCACGUGAAGAUGCAGUUUGAGUCUCUGAACUUGAAGCAGGCGGAGAAACCCAUCUACACCCACAUCACCUGCGCUGUAGACACACAGGACGUGAACCAGGCCUUCAACACCAUCACAGACGUCAUCAAAACCAACCUAAAAGACACCGGGCUGUUCUGA